AUUUAAAGGAAAAAUAUAGCUCAGCUAUUUGCUUUUUAAGGACAAUUCGUGGAAUACCAUAAAGCCGUCGUCUACACUUUUAUGUCCCUGUGACUUGCUUUUUCAAUCAAAAGCUUAAAAUGACAUCUGAAACCAGUUUCGAACCUGUCGAUCUCUUUUUCACGGUCGAUAAUCCUGAAGAUGGGGAUGAUUCAAAGAAAUGUCCAAUCAUAUUCAUCCAUGGAUUCUUUUCAACACAUCGUACAUGGAAUUUCGUGAGGAAUAAAAUGGCUAAUAAAACAAAGAGAAAGGUUUAUUCUUUAGACCUGAGGAAUCAUGGUGAAAGUGGACGCAGUGAAAUGUUUGCAUUAAAAGGUGUUAUGGUGGACAUCGAGAACUUCAUGGAGUCUCAACACAUAGAAAAAGCAAUAUUCGUUGCUCAUAGUAUCGGAAGCAAAGCUGUGAUGGCUCUAGCACUGGAAAAGCCAGAAUUGGUCGAAAAGUUAGUUGUGGAGGACAUGACGGUGACAAAUCUUGCUGACCAUGAUAAACAUAUUAAGAGAUUUCAACUUUUUAUUACUACAUGUGACAGAUACAUUCGGAAUGCUCCAAAUGAUAUAUCAGAAAGCAAUUUCAAUAAAAAAACAUCAGCGGUGAUGAGAAAUUUUUUUCCAGAAAUCAGUGGGACUUCUGGUGAUAAUAUUAUAUCAUUGCCGUUGAAGAAAGAUAAAUCAGGGAAGCUAACAUGGGAUUUGAACAUUGAUGCCAUCAUUCAUUAUUUGAAUAAUGAUCACCUAUUUUAUAUCGACCUGUCGAACGAUCCGAAAUAUUUUGGAAAGGCUCUGUUUCUGUUUGGUGAUAAGACCCCCAUGAGAAUGGAAGAAAAUAAAGAUACAACACUAAAGUACUUUCCUAAUGCUCAAUUCUUCGUCUUCAAAGGAGGAUUCCAUACUUUCCAUCUGGAAUUUACUGAAUUAUUCAUGGAAGUUGUUUCAAAGUUCAUUGAAGAUUAAUCUUGAAUCCAUAAUACUUGGAAUAAAUCGAUACUAAUAAUUAUGCAUUAGAAUAAAAUUAUAUUUUAUUCAUGAAUGUUAUGAUAGUACCUAAAUUGUUAUAAAAUAUGUAAUAUAUAUCGAAAAAUAUAUGCUUAAUAUUAUACUAAUAAAAAAUUUUUUUGUUCAUA